UUUAGCUUGCCUGGCCUGAUUAGUUUCGAUUGUAAAAAUACUUGAUUGGUUUACUCUUAACCGAGAUUUAACCGGUUUGGCUACGACGAAGAGAUUUCGUGGGCCUAAUAUCGGGCUCAAUCAUUUUGAAGAUUUGGAGUUAAAAGUAGGCCCAAAAUAUCGUAAAAGAGAGUUUAUUUACUUGAUGUUAGUUAGGGUUCGUGUCGGAGAUGCUUUGAAGUAGUUCUCCGGCAACUAGACAAAUCAAAGUUGAGAUUGUUUUAGUAAGGCAAAGAUGGUGAAGAGUAUUAUCUCAAUGGACCAAGUCAAAGCUUUGUGGCACUCUGAGGUUCACAAUGAACAGAAGUGGGCUGCUAACAUGAAACUUGCGAGAGCACUUGGGGUGUUUGCAGGAGGAAUCUUCCUCAUGCGUGGCUUUGGUGAUCUCAUGGCUGUCUGAAGAUAACAACUGGAGGAUCAUCUAUUUCAUCAGCGUCUCUGCUCUCUCUAUAGAAUUUUGAUUCUGAUUCCCACCAAUGUGAUACAGUAUCUCAGUUCAAGAUUUGUUUCUUGUUUUCAGCGACUCGGGUGUUUAUUUUAUGCUAAAGAAUUUGUUUUCCGUUUUCAUUUAGUUUUAAUUGCGCUUUCAUCUUUGUAAAAACACCUUGGAAGUAGCAAGUGAUCAGUUCCUUCC